GCGUCCAAAGAAUGGGAGAACCUUCAGUUUCUGUGUCACACACCGCCGGUCGAUCAGAUGAAAACACUUGUAAAGCGUUUUCGUGGCAGGGAGGCAUCUUCCCCGAUCCACAUCUGACUAAGAGUCUUCAAACCCCACCUCCUACUGCAGAAAAAAGAAAGAUCCGUCCUCUCUGGACGAUCAGUAACAGCCUCACAUACAAGAAGGGCUCACACACUCACUGGAAGAGACCGUUUGCUUCUCUUUUCAUUCAGAACUUUUUCCCUUUCAGCUGGUGCUUUGUUUACGGCGCAUGUUUCCUCAGCGUGUUAUGUCGCGGCCGGCCGACUCCGCCAUCGCGGUGAGGCUCUCAGGAGGGGACUGUUGGAUUUGACAGCUGACAGCGACAGAGGGGAACCGGUGCCCGAGGAGACGAGGUUCUGGACCAGCGAGCACCUGAGAAGAAAGGAAAGGAUUUCAACCCUGCCUGGAAACACCUUUAACCCUCAUUCUUCCCAUUGCAUUGGUAUUGCUUCUUCUGCCGCUUCUAUGAAUGGUAUCAGCCGAGAGAACAUGUCAACGAAUGACACGGUGGACCAUUGCAAAGCACCCAACCAAACCACAUACGAAUUCCUCUCCUGGCUGAUGAUUGGAGAGUUCGUGCUGGGUCUGCCUCUCAACCUGUCGGUCCUCUACAUAUUCAUCUUCAGGUACAAGUUCUGGAGGAACAAAAGCGUCUUCCUCUUCAACAUCGUGGUCGCCGAUUUCUUGCUGGUGGCCUGUCUUCCUGCCAAGGCCUACCACUACCAUCACGGCCAAAGGCGCAGCUCCGAAAAAUGGGUGUGCAAGACGAUGCUCUUCAUGCUGUUCCUCAACCGCGGCGCCAGCAUCGGCUUCCUCAUCACCCUCUCCGUAGAGCGCUACUUCAAGGUGGUGCAUCUCGGGAGGAGGGGUAUUGUCAAAGUGCUGAAGAAGGCCCCUCAGGUCUCCAUCGUCAUCUGGCUCGUCUUGCUGCCCCUCACCAUCCCCACGAUGGUCGAGACCUUCGAGUGCUGCAACAGUCACGGCCGCGAAAUCGAAACCGUUUAUCACGAUGUGACGGACACAUUCAGAGAGGUCGUGUACUUCGGCCAGAUCGUCGUGCCCUUCGUCGUCCUGGUCUACUGCACGGUGCGCAUCGUCAACCGGCUGAGGAGGAAGACGGUGGGGGAGAGGACCAAACUGAGGAGAGCCGUGUGGGUGGUCAUGUCCGUCGCGGUGGUCUUCUCCGUCUGCUUCCUGCCCAGCACCUUGGCCCGAGCGGUGCUGCUGAGCGUGCGGCUAAACCCAGAAUGGAGGAGCGCGGAGGACGUCGUGGUCCAGGUCUACGACACCCUCAUGGUCCUGUCGUACAUCGACUGCCUGCUGGACCCGCUGGUGUACUGCUUCUGCAACUCGGGGUUCAAAGACGCCUACGUGUCCACCUUCUGUCCUGCGUUUCUCCGCAAGAGGCUGCUGAAGACCAACCUUGGCUUGGGGGCGACGACAACAACAACCACCACUACUACUUCUGGAAAUAGGGACGCGGUUUUGCCGAUGUUAGCAAAAUGAUUUUUUCUUUCCCCCGGUGAAAGCUGUCUUUAACAGCUGUUAACAUCGCAGAUAGCUAAACCACACAAGCUACCCCAGCAGAUUUUUAACGUUUUUCUCAGAAGAAUGUCAGGGAGGCCAAAGACUGAAACCACGGCGGAGGCGGAUGCCACCUGACAUCCUCUGAGGGCAUAUCCAAACUCCUUACCUUACGUAAUAUUGUUGUUUUACGUCUAUAAGACGAGUGGUAUGUUUGUUUCAGCUGUAUGUUUUAAACGGUAAUAUUUGGAUGUAUAUAUUUUUUGUAUUUUUCUAUGGUUUCUAUGAUGGUCCUUGCACUAACUUCAAAGACGGCCGCGCAAAAUAGUCUCUGCUUUUUUCACAUUCCAUUUCCAGCUGUUGCUAACUAGCUGACUGAUGUGUAUGAUCAGGGUGACCAGGGCCGCCUUAUUUCUCAAAACAGGUCACAAGUUAUGUUUGUGAAAUGAGCACUACUGAAAUGUCAAAGCCGUAAGGACCUAGAAGGCGUAUUUAAAAUUUCCUCAUACAGUCUGCACGUCAUUUUGUGAUUUGAAAUUGAAAUAUUUGUAUGAGGAUGAAUUGCAGACUGAAGAUUGUAUACUACUGCUGUUACCACAAGAUGGAGGUCCUUCAUGUAUAAAUACCCCGUGAGCAAUGCACCAACAUGAGGUAUCCACGAUCUACCCUCCUACAUCAUUGACCUUCCUGAUCACACUUCCCUUUCUCCUUUCAGACUGCAGGCAGGAAUUGCAACAGAUGAAAUUGUUUGGCCAAAAACAGCCCAUUCCCACGAAUUGUUUGUCUAUCCAUUUCCUUACUCACGGUACUUUUUAUUCCCCCCGAAUGGUGUUUGAAACCUUUUGCGGUGUGUCCACAUGUUUGCAGUAAGGGUGUAGCAACGGCAGAGAUUGUGGCGGCUGUCAAGUCGCGGCUAGCAAGUUUAAAGCGAUGCGAUAACACACAGCAGCGACAGAACAAACCUGUGUUGUGCCUUCUUAAAAGGGUCGAUGGCCGAGCCUCAGACUGAAUGAUGUUUUUCCGGAAUUAAGCUCAUUAGAAGAACAGGGAGCGUGCACUUCAUGCAACUGGAAUCAAACGUCUCUAUUAUUAAGUCUCGGGAUCUCCUAAACAAGUAUGGCAGGGGGGGGGGGGAGGGGUCCGUCAGACCGGCCCACUCAAUACACGGCAAUAGACCAAUCUGUGGCCUACUUGGAAAAACACCAAUGGACUUGACAUUAUUUCGCAUGUUAACAAAUAAUUGAAAUCAUGCCUUUUUUUUAAUUACAUUUGGAUCCAUAACUUUGCCUGGAUAGACACAAUAAAAUGAUACUGGCUAUCGUAACACAAUCUCACUCACAGAGGGCCAAAAUGAAAACAUGGGAGUACGCUGGUGGCAAUGGCCAGUAGGCGACACCAUAAUUAUGACAUUGAUACAAUACCUGCCCUAAAUAUCAUCUAAAUAUCAAUACAAUGUAGAGGAAUUUCUGGUAUCAAUACGAUACCAGAAAUACGUCCUGUGUGUGUCCCGCUGUGAGCAUGCUCAUUGCUCCCCGGGCAAGAAUGUAUAAAGCCAUGGGUUAUAAAUGCAACGUAAGUCGCUUUGGAUAAAAGCGUCAGCUAAAUGACCUGUAAUGUAAUAUGAUAUUGAUAUAUAUAUAUGAUAUAUUUAUUGUACUGUCCGAUGUUUAGGCCUUGAGUAUGACAUGUCUGGGCUAGAGGGAAUGACAUUGAAUGACACAGAAGAAACAAAGUUGGUGGCGAGACGCACUUUAAUAGGAAGCUUUGGCCAAAGCGGAACGUUAGAUGCUGAAAUUCCUUAAAUACGAUGCUGAGGUGCGGAUGUUCACGUCUGUAUAUCUUUUUUUCCCACCUAGUCCUGAACAGGAGAGUGAGCUGCUCAACACUCACCUGUUCCAAGGAGCGUCAGCAGUCGACUGUGCUCCUGUAGGACCUUGUGUUUCUGUGAACCAGCUCAUAUGAAGUCCAGGCUGAGCAGAAGACAACACAGCAUGUUCUUUCACAGCAGGAACAACCGUCUGAUGUUCUACUGCUUUUCAGUGGCAACACGAUAAACAUGUCCGAUUACACAGCGCAGUCUUGUAUGAAAUAAAUUGCUUUCUUUGUAAAGGUUUCCACAAA